AUGGAGGAGCUUCCAAGUGUGUUGUGGUCUUACAGGACCACCCCGAGGUCGGCAACCCAAGAGACCCCGUUCUCUUUAACCUAUGGGUCCGAAGCGGUCGUCCCAGCCGAGUUCAUCACGCCGAGCCCAAGAAUGACUGCGUAUGCAGCCGAAGCCAAUGAAGAAGAGCGGCGGAUUGACCUCGACCUUGCCGAAGAAAAGUGUGACAUGGCGGCAGCCAAAGUCGCUAUUUACAAAAAUAUCCUAGCUGGUUAUUAUAAUGCCUGUGUAAAACACCUACAGUUCAGUCCGGGAGACCUAGUGCUCCGGAAGAAUUCGGUUAGCCGAGCUGAACCUCAUGAAAAACUCAGUCCUAAGUGGGAGGGACCCUACCGUGUUGUCGAGUCCAGCCAAAAUGGAUAUUGUAAAUUAGCCUACCGAGAUGGUUCUCGGGUGCCCCGAACUUGGCACGCUGAGAACCUCAGAUUGUAUCACCCCUGA